CGCGAUCUCUCCUGGCGCCCUCCGGCCACCGGGCGCCGCCGUCCCCGGGCCCCCGGACCCUGGGCGCCCAGCCCGCGCGGGACACACCCAGGCGCCGCCUCCCAGGGGCGGCCGCGUCCUUGCUGAACUCGGAACUCGCUGGCCGGCAGCGCCACCGCUGGAAUCGCCCCUGGGCCUGGGAGUGGCCUCGCGAGGCCGGCGCGCGUCCUGGGGCCGAGGAAUCCGCCUGUCCGCCCAGGCGUCGGCCACGAGAGAGCGGGAGCCUCGCUGGUCCCCAUUUCAGGGCCAGGAAGCGCGGAAGGAACCGCCGGGGGCCAUGGACGGAGCAGUGAUGGAAGGGCCGCUCUUUUUGCAGAGUCAGCGCUUUGGGACCAAGAGGUGGAGAAAGACCUGGGCCGUGCUCUACCCGGCCAGUCCCCACGGCGUAGCGCGGCUCGAGUUCUUUGACCAUAAGGGGUCGAGCUCUGGGGGUGGCCGAGGGAGCUCGCGCCGCCUGGACUGCAAGGUGAUCCGUCUGGCUGAGUGUGUGAGUGUGGCCCCCGUCACCGUGGAGACCCCGCCUGAGCCCGGCGCCACUGCCUUCCGCCUGGACACUGCUCAGCGCUCGCACCUGCUGGCGGCCGACGCGCCGUCCAGUGCAGCCUGGGUGCAGACACUGUGCCGAAACGCCUUUCCGAAAGGCAGCUGGACUCUGGCGCCUACCGAUAACCCACCUAAGCUUUCUGCCCUGGAGAUGCUGGAGAACUCCUUGUACAGCCCUACCUGGGAAGGAUCCCAAUUCUGGGUAACGAUGCAGAGGACUGAGGCCGCCGAGCGCUGUGGCCUGCAUGGCUCCUAUGUGCUGAGGGUGGAGGCUGAGAGGCUGACUCUCCUGACCGUGGGGGCCCAGAGUCAGAUAUUGGAGCCACUCCUGACCUGGCCCUACACUCUGUUGCGUCGCUAUGGCCGGGACAAGGUCAUGUUCUCUUUUGAGGCUGGCCGCCGCUGCCCCUCAGGCCCUGGAACCUUCACCUUCCAGACGGCACAGGGAAAUGACAUCUUCCAGGCAGUUGAGACUGCCAUCCACCGGCAGAAGGCCCAGGGAAAGGCCGGACAGGGGCACGAUGUUCUCAGAGCUGACUCCCAUGAAGGGGAGGUGGCAGAGGGGAAGUUGCCUUCCCUACCUGGCCCCCAAGAGCUCCUCGACAGCCCCCCAGCCCUGUAUGCUGAGCCCUUAGACUCCCUGCGCAUUGCUCCAUGCCCUUUCCAGGACUCCCUAUACUCAGACCCCUUGGACAGCACCCCUGCUCGGGCAGGAGAGGGAGUACAACGGCAGAAACCUCUCUAUUGGGACUUGUAUGAGCAUGCGCAGCAGCAGUUGCUGAAGGCCAAGCUGACGGACCCCAAAGAGGACCCCGUCUAUGAUGAACCUGAGGGCCUGGCCCCAGUCCCUCCCCAGGGCCUUUAUGAUCUGCCUCGGGAGCCCAAGGAUGCGUGGUGGUGCCAAGCUCGGGUGAAGGAGGAGGGCUAUGAGCUCCCCUACAACCCUGCCACUGAUGACUAUGCUGUGCCACCCCCUCGGAGCACAAAACCCCUCCCUGCUCCCAAGCCCCAGGGCCCAGCCUUCCCUGAACCUGGUACUGCAACUGGCAGUGGCAUCAAAAGCCACAACUCAGCCCUGUACAGCCAGGUCCAGAAGAGCGGGGCCUCAGGGAGCUGGGACUGUGGGCUCUCUAGAGUAGGGACUGACAAGACUAGAGGCAAGUCAGAGGGCUCUACCUGAGAAGGAGGGCUCCCCUGAGGUGGCUAAGGAGGAUCAUGGGGAUCAAAGAAAAUGGUUAGAACCAGCAGAAGCCAGAGGGUGGGAGGGGCCAUGCUGUGUGAGACCAGGGGACCAGAGAGAUGGGAGAGUCAAGGGAAGGACAAUCCCAGGAAGUCCUAAGAAGUGGGGCAGAUGGCAGGGCUGAGGGAUGGGCUCUGCAUCCCCCUAAAGCCAUCCCUUCCCCACUUCCCCAAAGGAAGGGAAAGCUGUGGGACCAGGUCUGUGGAAAGUGGUGCAUGGUGAGAAUGGGUGCAGUCUGAGGGGCCUGUGUGGAGGCCUCAGGGAGAUGUUGGACUGUGCCUGGAUCCUUACUUUUGCAUUGUUCUUUGCCAGAGACCUAUUUAAAAAUUUUAAAAUUCUCAUUAAAGUCAGCUUGGGUUUAA